AUGGCCCAACUUCGGACUCCCGGGCGACAAACCUACUCACUGCGCCGCCUGCAAGACGAGGGGCAUGGCGAGAAGGUCUCCCGCAACUUCAAGGUCAGGGAGCAGCACUUCAUCGACUACGUCAAGGAGGCCGGUGUUCUGCCGGACCACGCCCAGGUCACCUUCGACAAGAGGCUUCAGGGCGGAUGCUCAGCCCGCAAACCCGACAUCUUCGUGGACGUGUACACACACACGGUGCUUUGCGAGAACGACGAGGACCAGCACCGCAACUAUGCCUGCGAGAACAAGAGAUCGAUGGAGCUGUUCCAAGAUGCCGGCAACCGGCCCCAGGUCCAACUGAGGUUCAACCCAGACGGCUUCACAUCAGAAGACGGCGUAAAGCACCCGGCCUGCUUCAAGUACAACACUUUCGGGGUGCCCGUGAUCCGGGACCGAGUCGUGUGGGCAGCACGCAUGGACGCGUUCCUCGAGCGCCUGACGUACCAUCUUACCCACGUGCCGGAUCGGGAUAUCACGAUCGAGCACAUGUUCUACGACGGUUCUAAGCAAGUAGGAGAGAAACGGAAGAGGGUCUAG